CAGAGAAGAGAGCAAACUUGCACUCUUACGUAAAGGCAGUAAACUUCCCCUGUGACUAGGUGGUAGUGUGAGCUUUGCAUAAGGCAAUGCACCGCUCAGACAGGAAAGAUGGAUCCAGAUAACUUGCCAGAAUUCGGCGGUAUUCGGGUGGUGUGCAGUUCAAGGAUUACAGGCACCGAUCUGGGCACAGUUGCCCUCGUCAUAAGCAGUUUUACCACAGCAACUGAUCUGGUUGCCAUGGUAAUUACAAAAUGCAAAGUGAUAGGAAUCAACGCAGAGGAUUACUGUGUUGUCAUGGAAACAGGCUACAAAGAGAAAGGUGGUGGACUGGAGACAAAGAUCUUAGAAGAUGAAGACAACCCACUAACAAUGCAGGCCAGCAAGCCCAGAGGCCAAGUCAGACAAGACUAG